AUGGAAAUAAAUAAUCAACUGGAUACUAUUACGUGUAUACCAUGUUUAAAGUUUAAAAAACAUGCACCAAAACAUUUAUUAAGUACUAUUAAAUCUUCGUUUGGCUCAUUUGAAUACGUUGAACAAGACGCGACUCGAGUUCAAUCUGAACGUUUUCGAAAUUUAAAAAAAGCUUUAAGACAUCAUUAUUUAAACAAACUACACAUCUGGUGUGUAGAAGAAGAUGAGAAACGAAAGAAAUUAUUCGACGAUUUUUUAAGAAAAAAUGAGAAAGCUGGAUGGAAUGUUGGUCGAGCAGCGUUAUUCUGCAUUCAAGGUGGUCUUGGUGGUCUGAAAUUUGUUGAUACAUUGAACUUAUUGGAUAUCUCUGGAGCAUCAGUUGGAACUUAUAGUGAAUAUUUACAUUCGGUUGAUCCUGUUACACAACGUCGUCGACCGUUCGGCAUAACAUUGGAUAAAGUUACAUUAUUAAAAAGGUCGAUGCAGGUGACAAUUAUGAUCGUAAUGAUUGACGGACAGUUAACACCUCUUUAUCUUCAGUCUCCAUUAUGUCAAACAGAGUUAACGGGGGAAGACUUAGCUAGUAAUUGUGUUCGAGUACUAGAAUCAUUUGGCUUGAAAAAAAAUGCAUUGCAAGAACAAUUCACUGGUUGUGCCGUCGAUGGUGCUUAUAUUAAUUUGCAAAUUGAAAAACAUCUAUGUCAAAAACUAGGAAUGCGAGAGAGAUGGUUAACAGUGUCAUGGGAUAGUGCACAUUUACUUGAAUUGGCAAUAAAUGAUGCAAAGAAACAAAGUAAAUUUUCCUGGUUACAAAGAUUCAUUAAAACAUGUGGUACAAUCAUGAAAAAAUAUUCAUAUGGGAAAUCAUAUGAGCACCUACUGGAAGCAGCAGAAUUAGUCGAAGAACAAAUACUACAACCAAAACAAUUUCAUAUUACCCGUUUUGUUCAAUCCGAACUCCGCGUAUACGAAACAGUAUUAAGAGAUUGGUCAACUCUGUAUUAUUUGCAAGAACAAGAUAGUGUAAUUAACUCAUUAGCAGGUGGAAAUGUAAGUGCAAGAACAAGACGAAAUAUUGAUACAGAAUACAAAGCAGGUGAUAGCGAUAAUGUUAGUUACAAACAUGAAGAUAUCAAAUCUGUGGAUUUUGUUUGUAAACUUAUUGGUUUAAAUGAUAUCUACAAUAUUCUUGUACGAGCAUCUAUGUCUGUGCAGCAAGUCAAUAAAUACCCGCGGGAACAUGAUGAUUCAAUUCGAUAUUUACAAAAAUGUUUAAAUGGAUAUAGUAAAUUACUUGAACAAUUAGAUUUAAAUAAAACACAAGAAAUGGAUAGUUUGGAAGAAUGUGAAGAACCGGAACCAGUUGGCUUACUCGGACCAACAAUCGAUGACGAUUGUGAUAUACAAGAAGAAGACGACGAAGAUACACAAGUUCGAGCGAUGCCAUCAGCAAAAUAUAUUGAACAAUAUUAUCAAGAUCUAUUGAAAUGUGAAUUCAAACAACGUCCAAUCAUCAUACGACCUGGUGAUUAUGAUUUAGAAGAUCCAACUACACAUGCAAGAAAAAAAUUGAUCGAAUUAUGUCAACAAUUAGUUGAAACAAUUACAACACGGUUUCGAGAGAUACCAUAUAUUUUUAUAUUGAUGAAAAAUUGUUUAGAUGUUUCACGUUUAUACGACCUAGUGGUAUCAACAGGUAAACAAACAAUGAUUGAUUAUGGCAGAGUUGAAUUACAAGGACUUAUUGAAUAUACGCUGUUGAACUCAGAAUAUAUACAGAUAGAUGGAAAUACUAUACAAGAUCAAUACUCCGAAUGGAAACGACGAGUUUUACAUGAAAUCAAAGAGAAGGAUACCCUGGACAUUUGGACAACAAAUGGAGAGUUGAUCACAUCAAAAGUGAUGAAAAGCUUUUAUACAAGUACAGAUUUAUCCGACGGUAUCAAUGAUUUUCUCUACUUUCAUUCAUUAAUGGUACUCAAAAUUAGAAGCGAAGCGAUAUGUGAAUCAGCAGCGUCAAUUUUAAAAGGACAUAUUCAUGGCAACCGUUCAUUACAUCAUGAUUCGUUAGAUAAUGAAGUAAUGCUUCACUGGAAUGCUCCCCCAUUGCAUCUCGCUGAUUCAUUUAUCAAACAUUCACUGGAUCAUUACUUCAGCAGCAAGAAGGAGAAAAAUUGGUUAUUUUAUAAAAAGAGUGAACAAUAUCAAACAUGGAAACUUUUAUCACCUGGCUCUGUUGUACUAAACCAUUUGAGAAAAAAACAAGUACCAAAAUUACCAGAAUCAAUCGAUAAUUAA